AUCAGACAGUUCAUCUUUACAUCAGGUCUUUGAUCCACAGACAGCUGCGGACUGGAGCCAACGUGCCGACGCAGCGGCCAACUUGGAGAGGAGGUCCACCCUACACAGCACAGGGGCGCGUUUCUGGAGUCAGGGAGAUGGAGAAUGUGCACCUGGCCGUGGAGGAGGACGACCUGUACUCGGGUUAUAACGACUAUAAUCUGACGCUGGACUCUGAGGAACUGGAAAAUAACGCAGGCUUCCAGCAAGCUGUGCGGACAAGUCAUGGAAGAAGACCGCCGAUGACAGCCAAAUUCCCCGGCACCGCCAUCGGAGCUCGGCCUUUAGCUACUUCUUUUGGAUCUCGGAUGGCGUCUUCCCUGGGCAGGCCGCUGACUGGAGCCGUGCAGGAUGGAGCGGCCCGGCCGAUGACUGCCGUCAGAGCCGCAGGCUACACCUCCUCCAUGAGCCGCGGCUCUAAUUUCGACCCGCUGGGACAGUCCCGAGGCCCCGCCCCUCCUCUGGAGGCCAAGAACGAGGACACGCCUGAAGAGAAGAUCAAGAUCCUGGAGAAGAAAGUGAACGACCUGAUAGAGGAGAGCUGCAUGGCUCACAGCGCGGGAGCCUCCCAGCUGGCCCUGGAAAAAGCCAAAGAGGCCGGGAGGAAGGAGCGAGCGCUGGCCAGGCAGCGGGAGCAGGCCGGCAACACGGAGCAGAUCUGUCUGGAUCUCACUUACUCAGUUUUGCUGAACCUCGCCAACCAGUAUGCAAACAACGAGAUGUUCCCCGAGGCUCUGAACAGCUACCAGGUCAUCGUCAGGAACAAGAUGUUCAGCAAUGCAGGUCGCCUGAAGGUCAACAUGGCGAACAUCUACUUCAAGCAGAAGAACUACCCUAAAGCCAUCAAGUUCUACCGCAUGGCUCUGGACCAGAUCUCCAACGCCCACAAGGAGGUCCGGAUCAAGAUCAUGCAGAACAUCGGCGUGGUCUUCGUGCGGAUGGGCCAGUACUCGGACGCCAUCACGUCCUUCGAGCACAUCAUGAGCGAGAGUCCCAACAUCAGGACGGGCUUCAACCUGAUCCUCUGCUACUUCGCCGUCGGGGACAGAGAGCGGAUGAAGAAGGCCUUCCAGAAGCUCAUCUCCGUUCCUCUGGGCGUCGACGACGAGGACAAGUACCUCCCGUCUACCGACGACUCCAGCGCCAACAUGGUGGUUGAGGCCAUCAAGAACGACAAGCUCCACCAGAUGGAGAGAGACCUGAAACUCCUGGCUGAGAAGUACAUCAUGACCGCCGCCAAGCUCAUUGCUCCGGCCAUCGAGACUUCCUUUGCCACCGGAUUCGACUGGUGCGUCGACAUGGUGAAGAGCUCUCAGUACGUCGAGCUGGCCAACGACCUGGAGAUCAAUAAAGCCAUCACCUACCUGAGACAGAGGGACUUUAACCAGGCGGUGGAAACUCUGAAGACGUUUGAGAAGAAGGACAGCAGAGUGAAGAGCGCUGCCGCCACCAACCUGUCCUUCCUCUAUUUCCUGGAGAAAGACUACGAGCAGGCCGACCGCUACGCUGACCUGGCCAUGAACGCCGAUCGAUACAACCCGGCAGCCCUCAUCAACAAGGGCAACACGGUGUUCGUGAAGAACGACCAGGAGAAGGCCGCCGAGUUCUACAAGGAGGCUCUGAGGAACGACUCCUGCUGCACCGAGGCGCUCUACAACCUGGGUCUGGCUUACAAGCGGCAGAACCGCCUGGAGGAGGCUCUGGACUGCUUCCUGAAGCUCCACGCCAUCCUGAGGAACAGCGCUCAGGUCAUGUACCAGCUGGCCAGCCUCUACGAGCUGCUGGAGGACCCUCAGCAAGCCAUCGACUGGCUGAUGAAGGUCAUCAGUGUGACCCCCACCGACCCCCACCUGCUGGCCAAGCUGGGAGAGCUGCACGACGGGGAGGGGGACAAGUCCCAGGCCUUCCAGUACUACUAUGAGUCCUUCAGGUAUUUCCCCUCCAACAUCGACGUCAUCGAGUGGCUCGGCGCCUACUACAUCGAGACGCAGUUCUGCGAGAAGGCCAUCCAGUACUUCGAGAGAGCCACGCUCAUCCAGCCCAGCCAGGUGAAGUGGCAGCUGGUGGUGGCGAGCUGCUACAGGAGAAGCGGAAACUACCAGAAAGCCUUGGAGACCUAUAAAGACAUUCACCGCAAGUUCCCGGAGAACGUGGAAUGCCUGCGCUUCCUGGUGCGGCUGUGCACCGACAUGGGGCUGCAGGAGGUCCAGGACUACGCCACCAGGCUGAAGAAGGUGGAGAAGAUGAGGGAGAUCAGGGAGCAGAGAGUCAAGUCUGGCCGGGAGGGCAGCGCCAGAGGGCGGCGGGACGGCCGGGAGGGCAGCGCAGGGAGCGCCGACAGCGGCCACAGCAGCAGCAGCACCAGAGGGGAGCGUCUGAGCGCCAGGAUGAGGUCUCUUCCUGGUUCUGAUGAGCCCUACGAGACCAGCAGCCCCAAGGAGCUGGACGCCUCCUACGUGGAUCCUCUGGGGCCUCAGGCGGAGAGACCGAAAACCGGAGCCAAGAAGCGCGUCGAGGACGACGACUUCGCCGACGAGGAGCUGGGAGACGACCUGCUGCCGGAGUAGCUCUUUCCACGCAGCUCCGUGAGAAGAAGACGUGAAGCGCUGGGAGGCAGGAGCCAGCGACUCGCCGCUUAACGAAAGAGCGCCGGUCAGAAGUGGCGAACUGGCAGCAGGGUCAUGAAAGGUCAGGGGUCACGGAGGCAGGUCUGACAGACAAACUGCUGCAGCCACCAUGUUCAGCUUUAUGAUGAGCUCUGCUGUCCAGCUUCAGUUUGACACUAAAAUAAAGUCAGUGAGGCUCAGGUUUGAAUGUGUUUACAGACCAGAUCACACCCCGUUUUGGACAUAAUGUUCCUCGAAGAACAUUUGCCUCACAGUCCCCCAGUGAAUUGGACUUCAUUACCAAACACACACACACACACACACACACACUGCUGUCCUGAUACUUCUGAAUGCUCUGUGUUUUUAUGUGUGAGCCUGGGAACCUUCUGGAAAAUCCAUCAAACGAUGCACCAAUCGUGUGGAAUUCAUCCAUCCUGACCUCUGCUCUGGAACCGUGACUCAUUCCACAUAUCGACAUGAGAACGGUGUAGAGUGGUGUUUAUAGUUUUCUUUGUAUCUUUUGUGGUCAAAUGUCUAAUUAAAAUAAUUAUU